CCCUUUCCCGGGGUCCGGGCCGGAGGUGCCGAGCGGCUGCUGUGGCGGGCGGGCGGGCGGACGCUCCGCUGCGUGCUUUUCCAAAUGUCCAACAAAGAAUCCUGUGGGAAGAAAGAGAAAGCUUGGAGUAAAGGCCCGUCCUCAUCCCUCAGCUUUGAAGAAAAGGAUGUGAAAGCGAGGAGAAGCGCCUCAUGUUUGAACACAGCUGGGCCACGGUGGUCUGUUACAGCAGAAAAGAGAAAAUUGAAAUCUGAUCCCACGGACUUUGUGCCCUACUCUGUGAAAAGGCCCGAAUUGAAAAGACUCAAGGUAGAGACGGACGAUGUUCUCAGGAAGCGGCCAACUAUUCUGGCUUCAUCUCAAGGACCAGUGAAGCUCCAAGAUGUGCCACAUUCCAGUUCAAGUCUGAGCAUUUCACAGGGUCCUUCUUUAAAUGGCGUGAAAAAGGAUAUUAUCAGAGGUCUCGAUUUCAAGCCUAAAGACACUGAAUUGGCAAAUAGCCGGAGUAAGCUUGACUCUGGAAUUAAGGGUCCCCAAGAUGUACAGCCUAAAGCAGAAGGGAUGGCCAAAGGGAGGAACUGGCCUCACGGUCUUGCUACAAAGGGGCUUAGGAAAGAACCGAAACUAGUACAACUUUCUCGAACCCAAGACAGUUCUGGAAGGAGCAUCUUGGAGAAAUGCAAGAGGAUCCAGUUUGCUCAGGGUUGCAGUUCUGACAAGCUUACUCAAGAACCUUUGCCUGCCCAGAGAAGGAAAAUCCACUUCAGAAUUCCAGUCCGGACCCGCAAUCCCCUCCAGAGGCUCAUGAAGGAAAAUGCCUUCAUUUCAGAGGCACAUGAAUCCAAAGCAGAGGAGGAAGAGAAAAAAAGAGGCUUGGGGACCUUUCAGAUGGAACCCAUAAGUCAGCUCUCACCUGCAGAGUCCACGUUCAAACCACCUCUUCGCACGUGUAAGGGGAAAGAACAGUUGCUGCACAAAGGGACGGAUACGAGACCUGGUGGAGACGAGUCAGAGCGUUUUGAAGCACCAUGCCCAUCGGUGUCACCUGAAAGCAAUCAAGAUUCCGAUGAAGAGAUGCAGAUUGUGGAAGAGCUUCAUGCUGCUCGCAUGGGGAAGAGUGUGGAUCUGGGGGAGCUGACGAGUAUGGAGAUUGACUUGGUGGAAGAUGACAUGCAUUCCUCUGCCGCAAGUACUACUUCAGACACAAGGCUUUUAAUUGUCAUCGACACAAAUAUUCUGAUGAAUCAUCUCAAAUUUGUUAGAAGUUUGAAGACAAAAGAAAUCCCAGGCUUUGACAAGAUAGUAUUAAUAAUUCCCUGGGUGGUCAUACAAGAGCUGGACCGGAUGAAGGCCGGAAAAUUGCUGAAACAUGUUCAGCACAAAGCCAUCCCUGCGGUCCACUUUAUCAAUGAUGGGCUCCGAGACCCUGACCGACAGCUCUGGGGUCAGCCCAUUCAGCUGGCUGCCCAAAAAUUCUAUGGACUAAGUGAUGAGAACAAUGACGAUCGAGUAUUAAUAUGCUGUCUUCAAUACCAGGAAUUAUUUCCCUGUUCUCUUGUUAUCCUGUGCACGGAUGAUAAAAAUCUAAGAAGCAAAGGCCUAAUAAGUGGCGUGAAGUCGCUCAGUAAAACAGAACUGCAAGCAGAGUGUGUCAGCCUGUCUCUCAGCACAGAUCUUCACUCUCAGCAUCCUCAGCUGAAGCACCAGUUUAAAACAGAAAUAAAGUCUUCGGAAGGGCACCCCAAGGAAGACCACGCAGACUCAGAACUCUCCGCUCAGCUGGAUGACAUCAUGUCCCAUCUGGAGAAACUACUUGGGUUAACUUUAUCGUCAGUGUUGGAAACAGAAAUGAAAUUGGCUUUCGGAAACCUCUGGUUGGAGGUACUCUAUUUGAAGCCCCCGUGGACUCUGAUCCACUUACUCCAAUGCUUUCGAAAACACUGGAUGGCUGUGUUCGGUUUAGUGAUGAGCAAAAAUUUGCUGGCCACCAUUGAGAGUAUCUAUGAUAAUCUCUCGAACGCCAGCAAAGGAGUGGAUUUCAAAACAGUAAAAUUUUUGCUUCAGGAUUCUAAAACCUUGCUCCUUGCCUUCAGCGCCCGGUCAAAUUAUGAUGGGGUUCUCCCCCAGGCAUUUACUCAAGUGAACAGCCUCCUGCAAACAAUCGCUGAGGUGAAGGUGAAACUGCAGCAGGCACCUCCAGAAAACAUGCCUGUUAACAAGCCAGAGGAUGCAUCAUUGGUGAAGUCUCAGAGCCAAGAAAUUGCUAUUUUCCCAGGCUCUCCACUUCCCCAAGCCAGCAGGCAUCAAGAAAUCUGGUCCAUCUUAGAGCAAGUCUGGAUCACAAUCUAUCAGAACAGCUCAGAUGUGUUUCAACGGCUAGGCUCAGAUUCGCCUCUUUCUUUAAAAAUAGCGUCCUUUGAAGAAUCAUUUCUCUCUCUCCAAAAGUUGCUGGCUGCUGUAAAGGACAUCCUUGAAGGAAUUCAGAGGAUUUUGGCCCCUAACAGCAAUUACCAAGAUGUUGAGACCCUCUAUAACUCCCUAAUCAAGUACGAGGUAAACACACACGUCAGAUUCACUGCCCAGGAGCUUUACGACUGUGUGUCACUGAGUGAGUACCGGGAGAAGCUGACCAUUGGCUGCCGGCAGCUGGUAGACCUGGAGCACACCAUGCAGCAGUGCCAGGCAAAGGCCUACCUGGAGGCCCACAGCCAAGGCUGGCAUGAGGGCAGGCCACCCUCUGCCACUUAAUGCUGCCUGCACCUCAGCCCUCGGGGAGUGGGGGGAAAGUUACAAGCUGAGGGAUGCUGGCAUCAGGUGU